AUGGCGCCCUCCUCGACAACCGCCCAGCGGAUAGAGGAAGCUCGGGCUCUCGCGAAGAAGGACGCUUCCAAGGCCGAGACCAUCUACAAGGACAUCCUCUCUCAAGGUCCAGGAUCGACGGAAGCUUCGUCGCGUGAUUAUGAAAGUGCCUUGGUCGGAUUGGGAGAGCUUUAUCGGGAUGAGAAGAAGCCAAACGAGAUCGCUGAGCUCAUUAAGACUAGCCGGGACUCAUUCUCAUCAUUCGCAAAAGCUAAGACAGCAAAGCUUGUCCGCCAGUUACUGGACCUGUUCAGUGAGAUCCCUAAUACACUCGAUAUUCAAACCGCCGUCAUCAAAUCCUGCAUCGACUGGGCUAUCGCAGAGCGGAGAUCGUUCCUUCGACAGAACCUUCAGACCCGUCUUGUGGCCAUUUACAUGCAGAAGCAAUCCUACUAUGAUGCCCUUAACCUGAUCAACUCCCUCCUACGCGAGCUGAAGCGAUUGGAUGAUAAACUUAUGCUGGUCGAGGUCCAGCUGCUAGAGUCUCGGGUGUAUCAUGCUUUGGGUAACCAGGCCAAGGGCCGCGCUGCCUUGACAGCUUCUCGCACAUCGGCCGCCUCCGUCUAUACCCCUCCGAAUCUGCAAGCCGGCUUGGACAUGCAAAGCGGUAUGCUGCACGCGGAGGACAAGGACUUUACCACCGCUUUCUCUUAUUUCAUUGAAGCUUUGGAGGGAUACAGCUCGCUCGACGAAAGCGACAAGGCCACAGCAGCUCUUCAAUACAUGCUACUGUGUAAGAUUAUGCUGAACCUAGGGGAUGAUGUGACGACUUUGCUCGGCUCCAAGCAGGCCCAGAAAUAUGCUAGCCCGCGUCUCGAGGCCAUGAAGGCUGUGGCCCGCGCUCACGCCAAUCGAUCCCUUGAAGAAUAUGAAAAGGCUCUCUCGGACUACCGGUUCGAGCUGGGUAGCGACGUAUUUAUUCGGAACCACCUCCGCCGACUGUAUGAUGCCAUGUUGGAACAGAAUCUGAUUAAGGUAAUUGAGCCCUUCAGCCGGGUUGAGCUGGACCAUAUUGCCAAGAUGGUAGGGCUCGACACCCCGCAGGUGGAGCGGAAGCUCUCGCAGAUGAUCCUGGAUAAGGUGAUCAUCGGAGUGUUAGAUCAGGGCUCUGGGUGCUUGAUUGUAUUCGACGAGACGGAGCGUGAUCAAGCAUAUGACGCUGCCCUGGAGACUAUCGAGAAGUUGAGCAACGUGGUGGAAGAGUUUCAAAACAGGUCAAUGAUGUCGAUGCUUUGGUGUUCCGGGGCAUGGCCUAAACGGCCACUAGUUAUGAAUGCUCCAAUGCCGCCCACUUACGGACGUGGGUUCCCGCAGGCCGCCCAACGGUCUCCUGCCACGCCUCGUCGCGGACCCCAAGGACCAGCUGGCCAAGCAAUGCCUGUACCCAUGCCGCAGCACGCCGUUCCUGCUCAGUAUAUCCCCGCCCAGCGCAACAUGCCACACCCCAAUGAUGCUGCUCUUCGCCGGAGCCGCAAGCCCACCGACAAGAAUAUUCCCGACGGCAUCGAAGAUGUAGUGAUCGGGGAAGGCGUACAGCAGUACAAGAACCUGCGCGACUUAGAGAAGAGAUUGGACGCCGCCAUCGUUCGGAAGAGAUUGGACAUUCAGGAUUCGAUCAGCAAGACCGUCAAGAAGUACCGGACGAUGCGCAUUUGGAUUACAAACACAGUCGAGAACCAACCGUGGCAGGGCGCGACUGGCCAGAACGGGUCAGUGACCAACCCCGGCUCGGGGCGUUACAAGGUGCGCAUAGAGGGACGACUGCUGGACGAUGACACCGAUCCUACGGCCCCUGAGGACAGCGACAACGAGAGCAACGAGACGCAGGCGAAUGGAGAUGCCAUGGAUCAUGACGGAAAGGAGGCCAAGAAGAACGCUGCGAAGCGGUCGAAGCAGCGCUUUUCGCACUUUUUCAAAACGAUCACAGUCGAUUUCGACAAGUCUUCAACCGCGAACCCGGAGGAGAUUAAGACUGUUAACUGGACCAAGCCACAGCUUCCGGCUAAUACUGUAACACUGCCGCCGACCGCCGAUUUCGAUUCUUUGCAGUUCUCUCGAGCUUCGCAGGAGAACCUGAAUGUUACCGUGAGCCUUGUCAGAGAUGAGACCCCCGAGCGGUAUAAGCUGAGCAAGGAGCUGGCGGAGGUGCUCGAUGUCGAGGAGGAAACACGCAGCGGAAUUGUGCUUGGAAUUUGGGAUUAUAUUCGUGCGAUGGGUCUGCAAGAGGAUGAGGAGAAGCGUUUGGUUCGCUGUGAUCAUCGUUUGCGAUCUAUCUUCGGCCGAGACCAGAUGUUCUUCCCGCAGAUCCCAGAGAGCAUCGGCCCUCACACCAGUCCCCUUGAUCCGAUCAAGCUUCCAUACACCAUCCGUGUCGAUGAAGAAUUCCACCAAGACCCCACCCCCACUGUCUACGACAUUCAAGUGGCCGUGGAAGACCCGCUCCGCGCUAAGAUGCUCGCUCUGACCCAGAACCCACAGUACACCGCCGGGCUGCGACAGAUUUCCACUCUGGACGACCAAGUGUCGCUCAUCGUCCAGGCACUGACACACUCGCGUGCCAAACACUCCUUCUACACGGCGUUGAGCAAGGACCCCGCCACGUUCCUCCGUCGCUGGGUCAACUCCCAGCGCAGGGACCUCGAGACCAUCCUGGGCGAGGCGACGCGCGGUGGCGGCGAAGAUGCCACCGGCCCGGAGUUCCGCCGCGGAGGUGCCGAUGGUGCUUGGGACUCGCCGGUGGCCCGCGAAGCGGUACGGUACAUGCUCGCGAAGCCGGAGGCCAUGCUGCGGUGA